ACGAGAAGGACAGAAGUGCUCCAGUAUGACCGAGACAAAGAAAGCCUGGGACGGACUGUGGUCUCCCGCCUCCGGGCAGCCUCUGCAGGACGGCCUUUACACCGACGACAGGUUCCGGCACGACAUGCUGCUUCAGAAAGACGUGCUUUGGAAACGACCAAAGGAGAUCUGUCCGUUUCCUCAGUUCGUUGCGGACGGAGCCACUCGUAUGGACGUCUGCCAAGGAGAUCUGAGUGACUGCUGGUUCUUGUCUGCAGUGGCGUCUCUCUCUCUCUAUCCUUCUCUUCUGCAUCGUGUCGUUCCCUCUGGCCAGGGCUUUCAGGAGGGCUACAGCGGCUGCUUCACUUUCCGGUUUUGGCAGUAUGGUGAGUGGACUGAGGUGCGGGUCGAUGACCGCUUGCCCACACAAAACGGUUCCCUGAAGUAUCUGUGCUCCUCAGACAAAAAUGAAUUCUGGAGCGCUCUACUGGAAAAAGCUUAUGCCAAGCUGAAGGGGGGUUAUACUGCUCUGAACAUGGGUUUUCCUCAUGAGGCCAUGGCAGACGUGACAGGUGGGGUUACAGAGGGCUUCAUGGUGCCGGCUGACCCUCGAAAGCUGAGCUUUUUCCUUCACCCGCUGCUGCAGAAAGGAGCUCUGAUCAACUGUGCUAACUCCAAGGAUUCCCUUGGGAAGAAGAAUGAGUAUGGGAUUAUGUUCAGGCAUGUCUACUCUGUGACCGGUUUGGAGACGAUCAAGACUACGAUGGGUCCGGUUCAGCUGAUGCGGGUCAGGAACCCGUGGGGUAAUACUGAGUGGGAGGGGCCUUGGAGUGACGAGAAAGGGAAGGAGUGGGACUUGGUGAGCGCUGAAGAGCAGCGGCGUGUUCAGAGAAGCCAGCGUAAUGACGGGGAAUUCUGGAUGUCUCUGGCCGAUUUCUGCCAGAACUUCGACACGAUAGAGGUCUGUCACCUGAGCGAAGAAACGCUGAGCGAGAGCGGAGUCAAAAAGCCCUGGAAAUGUACAUCACAUCACGGACGAUGGGUUUCUUGGCAAGGGCCUCCUCAGUACAGCCUGACCCUGCUGGAGGAGGACGACGACCCCAGUGACCCUGAACUAACGUGCUCAUUCCUGCUGGCGCUCAUGCAGAAACACAUUCGUCUGAAAGGAAUGACGCUGCUGAAGGCCGCGCUGCACAUAUACAAGGCCCGAUCCCAGGGUGAUUUCCUCUCGUCUUGGGACAUGUCUCAGCUGAGGCCGGUGCUCAGCACCACUGUAGACCCUAAUAAUCGUGAUCAGUACGUCCAGCUGCGGGAGCUGGUGCUGCGCGGUCGCCUGGCGCCCGGUCAUUACAUCAUCGUUCCCCAGACUUCAGAGACCAAUGAGGAGAGAGAAUUCCUCCUGAGAGUCCUGACUGAGAAAGGAAACAGUACCGUAUAUGUUGAUACACCAGGAGAAGACUCCUCAUUAACUCUGCCGCUGUCUCCACGUCUCGCAGGUCUGCCGUCUGUAAACGAAGCCAAAGAUCUCUUCGUGAAACACUGUGGCAAGGGGUCUUAUUGUAGCCCUUUGGAUCUGUGUAACCUGCUGAAAGAAGCCAUUGCCAAAGGAGUGUUCGCGGGCAGCGAGAGGCAGCUGAGUCUGGAGCACUGCAAGAGCUUCGUGGUGCUCAUGGACAGCCGAGGAAUGGGACGACUCGACUCGACAGAGUUCCAGGCAUUGUGGGAAAAACUGCGCAAGUGGACGAUCAUUUUUAUGACAUUUGACAAAAACAAGAACCAGGCCCUGGAUUACGUAGAAAUCCCACCCGCACUGACUGCAGCAGGCAUACGGGUGGAUGAGUUCAUAAUGCAGCUGAUCGGCCUGCGCUACACCGAGCCAGAUAUGACGGUCAGCUUCCCGGGAUUCCUCUUCCUGCUCACCAAACUGGACUGCAUGAUGCGCAAGUUUCAGGCAUUUGAUGUGACAGGAACGGGAAUGAUUUCAGUAAACUGCAGACAGUUCCUGUACAUGACCAUGUACAACUGAUUCCAGAGCAGCUGCAGGAACACAGCUCUACAUCUGCUUUACAGAGCGUUCCAGGAGAGGAAGCUGAUUGGUCGAGACAGAGUUACAUUUAAGCUACAAUACUAGAAAUUCUAUAUUAAUAGAUAUGAUGAAAAAUACAGUUACUAUAUAUAUAUAGCAACUAUAAACUUUAUUUUUUUUUACUGCUUGUACUACUAUACUGCUUCUAGUAGACAGAUGUCAAUUAAUUAAUUUGCUC